CGGAGCGAGCGACAGGGCUGCGGCCCCCCUCCCCCCUUCCCUCCCUCCCUCCCAUCCCCCUUCCCCGAGACCCACCGGAUCCCGAACCCAGGACUGGGCGCCCCGCCCCCUCCCCAACCACCUCAGCAGAGCCUCCUCCGGAACACCCCUCCUUGGGCCCCGCCGAAAGUUUGGCUGUAGGGAAGGGUGACGCUCCCCAACCCCCCCAACCCCCGCCCUGGCAUCAUGCAUCGGACCACACGGAUCAAAAUCACGGAGCUAAACCCUCACCUCAUGUGUGCCCUCUGUGGGGGGUACUUCAUUGAUGCCACCACCAUCGUGGAGUGCUUGCAUUCCUUCUGCAAAACCUGCAUCGUGCGCUACCUGGAGACCAACAAGUACUGCCCCAUGUGUGAUGUGCAGGUGCAUAAAACCCGGCCGCUGCUGAGUAUCAGAUCUGACAAAACCCUCCAAGAUAUCGUUUACAAAUUGGUCCCUGGGCUUUUCAAAGAUGAGAUGAAAAGGCGACGGGAUUUCUAUGCAGCAUACCCCCUGACAGAAGUCCCCAAUGGCUCCAAUGAAGACCGUGGCGAGGUCCUGGAGCAAGAGAAGGGGGCCCUGAGCGACGACGAGAUUGUCAGCCUCUCCAUCGAAUUCUAUGAAACUGUCAGGGACCGGGAAGAGAAGAAGGGCCCCCUGGAGAAUGGCGAUGGGGAUAAAGAGAAGCAGACAGGGGUGCGCUUCCUGCGAUGUCCAGCAGCUAUGACCGUCAUGCAUCUGGCCAAGUUUCUCCGAAACAAGAUGGACGUGCCCAGCAAGUACAAGGUGGAGGUUCUAUACGAGGAUGAGCCGCUGAAGGAAUACUAUACCCUCAUGGAUAUUGCCUACAUCUACCCCUGGAGGCGGAAUGGCCCUCUCCCCCUCAAGUAUCGGGUCCAGCCAGCCUGCAAGAGGCUUACCUUGCCCACAGCGCCCACCCCAUCUGAGGGCACCAACACCAGUGGGGCCUCCGAGUGUGAGUCAGUCAGCGACAAGGCUCCCAGCCCUGCCACCCUUCCAGCCACCUCCUCCUCCCUGCCCAGCCCAGCCACCCCUUCUCAUGGCUCUCCCAGUUCCCAUGGGCCCCCGGCCACCCACUCUACCUCCCCCACUCCCCCUUCAGCAGCAAGUGGGGUCACCACAGCUACCAACGGGGCCACCUCGAACUGCCUGCAGACACCAUCUUCCACCAGCAGGGGGCGCAAGAUGACUGUCAAUGGCACUCCUGUGCCCCCCUUAACUUGAGGAAAGGGACCUUCUCCCUCCUUUUCCAGACAUGCCUCUUCACCCCUCCAUUUUUUCUGGACCCCCUUUUCCACUUCUACUUUCUCCAGCUAUUCCCACCUUAGGAGUGGGGGGUGGGUUUUAUAAAUAAAUCUAUAUAUAUAUGUACAUAGGAAAAACCAAAUAUACAUACUUAUUUUCUAUGAACCAACCAGAUUAAUUUAAAUGCCACAGGAAACAAACUUGAUGUGUGUGUGUAUGUGUGGGGGGUGGGGUGUUCAUGUUUAGGGAGUCUUGUGUAAUUUGCUCUACUCUUUCUGGGGGUGCCUGGAGGUGGACUGGAGGGGCCACCUGACGCUCAGUGAAG